AUGAGUGGUCCCGAUGGGGUGCUGGGCAGUGCGCGGGAUGAUGGACGCCAGUCACCGGCCAGCACCGACCAACUAACGAAAUGCGCAGGAAAAGAGCCGGACUGCGUGGCGAUAGGUAGCAGGCUGCGCGGCCCGAUGGGCACCAGGCCGCCGGCGGAGUUCUGGCCCCAGCUCUGGGCGACGGUGGUGCGGAGCCUACUCCUCAAGAAGCGGGACACCAGGAAGACCCUAGCUGAGGUACUGGUUCCCCUCUACUGCCUGGGCGUGCUGAUCUUCCUAAAGAUGCUGGUGCCCAACCCCAACUUCCCGGAAGUGAGGAAACCGGGCCGCCUCCUGCGUAUUCACCACGACGCGUUCCCGGAGAACCAUUCUGUGGCGGUGGUCGCCGAUUGGGCGACGGCAAACGGAACGAUGGGCUUCCUGGACGAGAUCAACAACCAACUGAUGGAUUCCGGCCAGCACGCCAUCAACUGGAUCCGGUACAACAACACAACUGAGCUCAACGACGCCUAUCACCUCAACGCACGCCACUUCCCCAUCGCCGUCAUCUUCCACACUGAUCCCAGUGCCUUCGGGGAACCGCUCAGGUACACGAUCCGAACGAAUCCAUCCCACGCUGGCACCCCAUCCACUCGCACGCUGACCACGUCGCCGGUGAAGUGCCGAGAGCGCACCGCCGUCAAGGACUGGUCCUCGGACUGGUCCCGUGGCGGGCAGCUGAUACCCCUCUCCGAGAUGCACAGGGAGGACACCUGUCCAGUUCUACAGUACUACUACUCCGGAUUCCUGGCGCUUCAGACCCUUAUCGACUUCGUCAAGAUUAAGCUGGACACUGGUUCACCCCUUCCGCCGCCGAGAGUAGACCUCCGCCAGUUCCCCAAACGACAACACACCGGCGACUGGCUGGUCAUCUUCAGGGUGAUCAUGCCGAUGUACAUGGUGAUGACUCUGUCGCAAUUCAUCACCUACCUGCUUAUGUUCGUGGUCGGCGAGAAAGAGAAGAAGAUCAGGGAGGGCAUGAGGAUAAUGGGCUUGAAAGACUCCGUUUAUUGGGGCUCCUGGUUCCUGAUAUACGCUGUUUUCGUAACUAUACUGUCAAUAGUCAGCACUGUUCUUCUAUUCACGUUAGGGGUUUUUCAGCAUUCGUCCUACGUUCUCAUAUUCCUUCUGAUGCUUCUCUUCGGAUUUACCAUCAUCACCUUCGCGUUUAUGUUGACGCCGUUCUUCGACAGUGCCAGGACCGCGGGCAUCCUUGGCAGCUUCGCGGUGAACCUGAUGAGCUGGCUGUACUUCAUCCAGGUGUUCGUCUCCAACGCGGACUCGCUCGCUUUCUGGUUCGUCUCCCUGAUCAGCUCCAGUUGCUACGCACUCGCCAUGGACAAGGCACUGGUGCUGGACAUGGCGGGCGUGGGCGUGACCUGGGACAACCUGUGGAGUGGUCCAGGGGUGCCCUUCGGCGGCAGCCUCAUCAUGAUGGCGGUAGACACGGUCAUCUACGGUCUGGUGGCUUACUGGCUGGACGCCGUCAUACCCAGUGAAUACGGCAUCAAGCAGAAGCCUUGGUUCUGCCUCAUGCCGUCCUACUGGUUGGGCAGCCGGAGGGGCAGGGUCUCUGCGGUGCACUUCCAUUCCAACGGCGAGGCUGCCCACAACAAGGAUAUCGAGCCGGUUCCCAGAGAGCUGUUAGACAAGGAAGCGAUCAGGAUAGUGGGCCUGCAGAAGAGCUUCCGCCACUGCCGGAAACCGGAGAUCAAGGCGAUCGACGGCAUCGACCUCAGCAUCUACGAGGGUCAGAUCACGGCCGUGCUCGGCCACAACGGCGCUGGGAAGUCCACGCUGUUCAACAUACUCACGGGACUCACGGCGCCCACCGCUGGCACCGCUUACGUGUAUGGAUUGGAUGUAAGGGACCCCAACGACAUGCACGAAAUUCGCCAGAUGAUCGGAGUGUGUCCCCAACAAGACGUGCUGUUCGAUUUGCUGUCUGUCAAGGAGCAUCUACAGUUCUUUGCCGCAGUAAAGGGUAUCCCUCGCAAACGUCUACCGGAAGAAGUACACAAAGCGAUGUCGGAGGUUGGCCUUUUGGAGCAGGCGGAGGUCUUCUCGAAACAUCUGUCUGGAGGUCAAAAGAGGAAACUAAGCAUAGCGAUCGCGUUCAUCGGUGAUCCAAAGAUAAUUAUCCUGGAUGAGCCAACCGCUGGGGUGGAUCCGGUAUCCCGGCGGCAGACGUGGAGAAUCCUCCAGCGCGCGAGGAGGGGCCGAGUUCUGCUUCUAACCACGCAUUUCAUGGACGAAGCUGAUAUUCUUGGCGACAGGAAAGCCGUCAUCAGUAAAGGAAGGGUUCGCUGUGCGGGAACCUCGCUGUUUCUUAAAAACAAAUUCGGAAUCGGCUACCAUUUGACCUUGGUUUUGGACGGCGCAUGCCGCGAGCACCAGAUCACGCGGCUGGUGCGCGGGCACGUGCCGCGCGCGGAGAAGGCGCGCCGGCACGGCCGCGAGCUCUCGUACAUCCUGCCCCACUACGCGGUGCACCUGUUCCCGCCGCUCUUCCACGCCAUAGAGUACGAGAUCAAGGAGAGGGCCAACCGGCUGGGCAUUACUAGCUACGGCGUUUCCAUGACGACCCUGGAAGAAGUCUUCCUCAGUCUGGAAGGGGAGAACGCGGAGGAAAUAGAUGCCGUGGAGGGAGUAUCAUCUGUGAAAUUGGUGCGAGCGAGAGCUCUGUCAAGGAGUCUGUCCCUACAAAGCAAGACGCUAAGCUAUCAGGAGUUAAACGAUAAAGAGCAGCAAAAGACGACAUCGCUGCCUACACCACCGGCGUCCCACGCACUGCACUCCACGACACACGGCGUCGAACACGUGAAAGUGACACCAGAGGUGCCGGUGUCCGUGGACGCUCUAGGCGAGAUGGUGAAAACGAGCCCUUCGUGCUGGCGUACCUUCUGCGCCCUCGUCUACAUCCGCAUGGUCCGCAUGAUCCGCGACCCAUACAAACUCUACGUCAUGAUCUUCAUGCCUAUAAUUUCCUGCGCGCUGGGCCUGUACAUCAAAUCGCGUCAGAUAGUGUUUUUCCGAAUGCAACCGCUGAAAUUGGACCCCAACGCGUAUUUCAAUAGGACUCCAAUCGCGCUGCAUAGCGAACAGGAUAACAUAAAAGAGCUCGCCGACUUCAGGGACUCCCUAGACAUUUUGGGCGCCAACCCUAUCGUGGACUUCGAUGGGAACUUCUCGAGCCUUCUGGACAUGGAGAAUUUCGGCGCAUUUAGCUUGAGGGACAGCGUGAUACCGUACGGAAAGAUAGUGGCCUAUUACAAUAGCACGUACACCCACAGCCUGCCCAUCAUAAUCAAUUUAUUGGACAACAGUAUUUAUAGGGUUUUGAUGUCGGCCUCGAACCAGCUGGCCAGUUUCAACCCCAUAGAGGUCCUGGCGCACCCGUUCCAGCAGACGGAACAACAGGAGGAGUUCAAUCUAGGCAAUAUGGUCUGCGCAAUCUUCAUGGGGAUGAUCUUCGCUCUGGUGCCGGUGACCUUGGCCGUGGACAUUGUAUACGACAGAGAGAUAAAGGCCAAGAACCAGCUGCGAGUAAAUGGACUCUCGAUGAGCAUGUACUUCUUAACUUACUUCACCAUCCUGAUACUUAUAAUGGUCGUGACCACCGCUGGCGUGCUGGUGCUGGUUAUCCUCAACGACAUUCCGAGUCUCACCAACGGCUCCGCGAUCACGAUGCUGUCCGGUCUCCUCUUGCUGUACAGCCCGUCCGCCAUUUUGUUCAACACGUGCCUCUCCUACGUGUUCGACAAAAUGGACUCCGCUCAGAGCAUCAUGCCCAACAUCACCACUUGGGUCGGCGUGAUACCGUUCGUCCUUGUUGCCGUGCUGGACACUUUCAAAUGGGGCAGCGACAUAGCGUUCUACCUUCACCUGGUGUUCAGUUUCCUGGAUGUGAUGUACAUACCUUACGCCAUCAUAUAUUACGUGGACAGAGUGUACCUGACGUGCAACUUGCGCGGGCUGUGCACCACGCCGGAGCUGUGGAGCUACUUCACGGCGGAAGUGUGGGUGCUGAUAGUGGCCAUGAUGGUGCACGUGCCGCUGUGCGGUGCCGCGCUCCUGGCGGCGGACAGGCUCAAGUCCGGCGGCCGGAUUUGUCCGAAGAGUCCUACGACUCAGAGCGCGCUGGACGCGGAGUCGGAGGUCGGCGGUGAGUUUGGCGAGGACGAGGACGUGAGGAGGGAGAGGCGCCGGGUCGCCAGCAUCCUGCACCAGCCUACACAGCACGCGCCGGUGCUGGUCGUUCACAACCUCCGCAAAGAGUACAAGCUGCGGGGCGCCAGCACGUCCAAAGGCGCGGGCUGCUGCGACGGGGAGGAGCCUCUACGGAAGGCUGCCCUCGCCCGACUAAGCCUCGCUGUGCACGGCGGUGAAGUGUUCGGUCUGCUAGGCCACAAUGGAGCGGGGAAGACCACGACCAUGAAGAUCAUCACCGCAGAAGAACGGCUUACCUGCGGGACGGUGAUGCUGGGCGGGAAGAACAUCGACGACGCGCAGACGUCCGCGUUCCAGAUGCUGGGCUACUGCCCGCAGCACGACGCCCUCUGGAAGAACGUCACCAUCCGGGAGCAUAUCGAGUGCUACGCCGCCAUACGCGGGGUCAGCAAGAGCGACACUCCCAGGAUAGUGGACGCGUAUUUGAACGGGCUGCAGAUAAUGGAGCACGCGGGCAAAAACGCCGAAGACUGCUCGGGUGGGACGCGGCGGAAGCUGUCGUUCGCCCUGGCCAUGGUCGGCGACCCUCGGGUGGUGCUGCUCGACGAGCCCUCUACCGGCAUGGACCCGAGAAGCAAGCGCUUCCUGUGGGACACCAUAUUGGCCAGCUUCCAGGGUAAAAAGGGUGCCAUACUGACGACACAUUCCAUGGAAGAGGCUGACGCGUUAUGUUCUAGGGUGGGGAUAAUGGUGAAGGGAAGCUUACGAUGUAUAGGUUCCACGCAGCAUCUGAAGAACUUGUAUGGCGCCGGCUAUACACUAGAAAUGAAGAUUGGACAGAAUAAUCAGAAGGCCUCGAUGUUGGAUUCAGAUAUGUCGAUGAGCUCGUCGCCGCUCAGGUCGAACGAGAACUCGCCGUCAUUGGGAGAGGCAGAUGAAGGGGGAUCGGGUGGUGGCUCGGUAUCGGCUGAACCGGAAGCGGAGGGCGAGGCGGAGGCGGUCGACGUCAGCAUACACACGCCGCUGGUCGCGGGCACACCGCCCCCGCCGCGACAGGCGCACCACAGAACGGAGUCCAGUGGCGGUGGCGUAAGUGCCGAAGCGGCCAUAGCGCUGGUGGGUCAGAUCUUCCCCUCCGCCGUUCUAGAAGAGAACUUCGCCGAGAGAUUGGUGUUCUCCGUUCCGCAGUCCUCCGUCUCCAGCUUGGCGAGGUGCUUCCAGCAGAUAGAAGAUGCAAAGGAGAAACUGAACAUAGUCGAGUACAGUUUUAGCCAGACAACGCUGGAGCAGGUGUUCCUGAAAUUCGCACAAACCGAGAACGUCGAAUCUUCAGACCAAGAGCAU